AUGUCAUCUGACACAUCAUCUAUCAUCGGUACUACAGAAUAUCCCCCAGAUGUCAACGGAUUGCCAUCAAACUUCCUCACAAUAAUAGACAUCGCCAAGGACCGCUCAAAUACACGCGGACGAAGGAGUCGAGGUAAAACCAUCUAUACUUGCACUGUGUGUCGAGAUAAACGAUACGACCAUAAGGCAAAUGCUGCCAAUCAUGUCAGAAACAACCAUCCCGUCGCAUCCAGAUGCACCAGGUCUGUAUCGGGGACCCAGCGCUCAAUCUCCACGCAUUUUCGCCCUGUAGCGAGCGAGGACGCACUUCGAAAUGCCUUCAGCCCGCAAGCAUAUCAGGAAGCAUUGAUCAGCAUACUCACGCGUCGGAGAGUACCCUUUUCGGCUAUUGAAUGGGACGAGUUUCAACAACUGGCUCUCGCGUGCAACCCAUACAUCACAGACUCCCUCAUUACCUCACGGCGCACGAUGGUCCGAUACAUAGCCGCAAACUAUGAAUUUUACAGCUGCGAGAUAAAGGAGAGGCUUAUCGCGGCCUCAAGUCCGAUUCAUAUCUCAACGGACCUCUGGACAUCACCGCAUAGACACUCUCUUCUUGCCGUGUGUGCACAGUGGGUAGAUAAAGACUACAAGCUUCGUAAAGCGCUACUAUCUCUGCCAGAAUGUGCAGAGAGUCAUUCUGGAGAAGCUCAAGCGCAGGCUGUUAUCGAUACUUUAGAGAAAUACGGGAUACAGUCAAAACUUGGUUGGCACACGGGUGACAACGCCACAUCAAACGACACAUGUCUCGAGUCUGUACAACGCAAGCUAAUGAGUAGACAUAAGCUUCCUCUUCCCUCCUCCUUAAGGCACAACUACGUUACUACUAGCACCUUAGAUUCGCCCCGUGAUAUCUCCCUUCAAGCCUCCCUGCUCGCGUCUUCUAAAGAGGCUCUAGUGGCAGCACUCGAGGCAGCAUCUGGUGUCACUGGAGAGGAGCUUCUCGCCCAGUUUUCCGAGGUCCUGGCCUCUCAUCGAAAGAGGGCUGCCGCAGAACGAAAUGCAACAAAGAGACACACCGGAGAGCCGUCCAGAAAGCAUAAGCGCAAAGGCAGCUCGGGUGGUAAUAGGUCCGCAAUAUCGACCGACGACUUUAGCGGCGUUGAGAAUUUCCCCGCAUUGCGCAAGCUUCAUGGGUUAGCCGUGUGGCUAAGGUCGUCAAGCCUCCACCAGAAUGCGUGGGAUAAGGCAGUGGGACUGCGUUUAGGGAUAGAUAAUCGUACCCGCUGGUCGUCCUGGUAUCAGGUCAUUGAUCGCGCAAUUAGAAAAAAGGACAAAAUCCAGUCCUUCUUGUCUGAUCACGAAGAGGCCAUCGGUGACAAUCGGCUACUAGCUGGAGAUUGGGAGUUACUAGGCAAAGCACAUACAUUUCUUCAGCCAUUUGCUUCAGCAACAUUGUAUCCUCCCCAACCCAUCUACCCAUAUCGAGUCGAUUACUAA